UAACCCGCAGUCCGUGAGACGAGUGAAUAUUAAAGAGCUUCAACUCCCUUACAAAUAUCCUGCGAGUCUUUUGGUUUUUGACUCGGUGUGCAGCCUCGUUUUCUUAAUUCACGAAAAGCUCCGUCGUGUCUGAACGCCGGGAGUAAACGCGGACCGCAUCGCGACACCGCAUUGUUGACGGUUUAUUUUUAGUCCGAAACCGCUGCCGGACAGGAGGUUCCGCCCACACGCGGUCGGGCUCAGCUGCUGCUGCUGUGGAUCCUCAAACCCCGAGUUGAUUCAGCCAGGACGAGCUGAAUUCUGCAGUCAGAAACCAUGGCAGAGGAAGUAAGACACCUCUUUGGGAAUAUCACGCUUUUCCGUCGGCUUCUACCUCUACUCGGGCUUCUGUUCAGCGCCUGUGAUGGUGUGUGGUCAAACCAGGUGGUGGUUCCGGCACAGGUCACUGCAGUUUUGGGGAAGAACGUGACUCUGAGCUGCCGGAUGGAGGUGAGCUCGAACCUCAGCCUGACCCAAAGCUCCUGGGAGCGUCACUUGCCCUCCGGCAUCGUCACUCUGGCCGUCUUCAACCCUGUGUAUGGGACAUCUGUUGCUGAUGAGUACAGCAGACGGGUGCACUUCCUCAAGCCCUCGGUACACGAUGUGUCCAUUGUCCUGCGGGGAGUGGGCUUUGCUGACAUUGGGAUGUACACCUGUAAAAUGGUCACCUUUGAACUCGGAAACAUGCAGGCGUCUACAAAUGUUGACGUUAUGGUGGAGCCAAAGGUCUAUGUGUCUCCGGGCUCCUUGUCUCUGACGGCGGAUGAUGGUGAAACUCUGGUGGCGACAUGUACAGCUGAACGGGGCCGUCCCGCGGCCGAGGUGUUUUGGGAAUCAGAUCUGCCGGGUCAAACAGCAGUCGUCACACAGCCGGAGCCAGAGGGGACCACCACUACUCUAGUGCAUUACGUUUUGGCCCCUACACGAGCCUCACAUGGCCGCUCCCUCAGCUGUGUUGUUCGUCACCCGGCCCUUUCCAGAGACUUCCGAAUCCCCUACCGCCUCAAUGUGUUUUUUGUUCCUGAUGUUGUGGUGAUAGGCGAGAAGAAUGUGUGGUACGUGGGACAAAAAAACGUCCAUCUGGACUGUAAAGCCAAUGCGAAUCCACCAGCCCUGUUUUACCUCUGGACCAGGCUGGACGCACUAAUGCCUGCAGGUGUGGACACACAUAAUGGCAGUCUAGUGUUUACUCGUCCUUUAGAGGCGAGCGACUCUGGACAAUACAGGUGUGAAGUUCAGAACGAUGUUGGCCAGAACUUUCAUGACGUGCGCUUCUUGGUACUAGAUCCUCCACCCACCACUGCAGCCCCUACCACCACCACCACCUCCUCCAAGUCCCUCCAUCCCGACACCAGUUUGACCAUCACGGCUCCAAUCAACCAGCGGGCCCACUUUAGCUCCCCGACCCGUUCCCCUCCGCGGGACGCCGAUUUGUCAACUCUCAUAGGUGGCGUCGUCGGUGGGAUCCUCAUCCUGGUGCUGCUGUUGGCUCUAGCUGGGGCUUUCUACAUGCGACGGCGUCGGACAUUCAGAGGGGACUAUUACACCAAACAGUACAUCGGCCCAUCGGACAUGCAGAAAGAGUCGCAACUGGAUGUACUUGAGCCGCACGAGCUUCAGGACGUUUACGGAGACGAUUCAGGCAACGGCAGCCAGGAUUUGAAACCCAAGCCUGAAGGAGACAUCAUUUAUCCUGACUAUCCCAACGACCACAAAGACAUGGAGGGCUGGAGCGACAAUCUCAGCCUUCAGAGGGAAGCCAGUUAUUAUUCUGACCACCACAAUCAUCAUAAUGUGAACCCCAGCGGACCGCCGCUGCACAACGGCUCCCCCUACCUGCGGGACGAGUGCUUCGAUAACGCCACAGACAGCGAUUACGUGUCGCACGUCGACGGUUCCGUGAUUUCGCGCAGAGAAUGGUACGUUUGAGAAGGACUUUUAUUAAACAGCCGAACAGUAAUUUAAGUACAGUGGAGAAAAUGUUAUUUAAAUUGGGUGGACAGGCGAGACGGUGUGUGUGUUGUAUGAGUGGUGAGUAGUGCAGUCAAACAAUUAAUCGCGAUUUCUUUCACUUGGUGCAUUGAUCAGUUAAAUUGCUAAUACAGGAAGUAGUGAUCCGCACUCAUAUGUUGAA